CUAGUGUAAAGCUUCGUGUCUGUGCUGCCAUCUUUUAACCAACUUGCCUUUUCCUGGAAGAAGGCCGCAAAAGUGAAAGCGAUUCUCAAGCAGGACAAUAUGGACGAUGUACAAGAUGUAAAGAAACUAUUGUCUUCUUGUAAAGAUUCCAUGUUGUUUUGGCAGUUCACCAGUGACAUGGCAAAAAAAAUUAAUCCCAUUGUUACAGAAUCAACAAUGUCUUACAUUAGCAAAGGCAACUACAACACUUACAAAUACGCCCUUAAACCUGCACCAGAAUAUUUAGAAAGUUUAUCAUCAUUUUUGUCAAAAUGCUAUGGUGAAUCGGUAUUAAGUUCAACUCUGACCGCUACUUAUGGUUCAUCGUUUGGUUUUAUGUUUAUCAUGAGUCAUUUUCUCGAGAAAGGAGAUUAUGUUUUUGUUGAAGAUCUCACCUUUCCACUUUGUAUCCGAAGCAGCAAAGAAUUCUCUCUUAACGUGGAAUCAGUAUGCUGUGAUCUGGAUGGCAUCGACGUAAUUGAACUUGAGAUGAAAUUAAAAGAAUGCAGGGCAAAAUGUUCACGUGAAGUGAGCGAGAAGAAGCCAUAUUGGGCUAUAAUAUUUCUGAUGACUGUUGUGCACAAUCCAAAAGGGACCAUAUAUUCUGAACACCGUUCCAAAAAAGUUAUUGAGUUGGCAAGGAAGUAUAAUGUUCUUGUUGUUGCCGAUGAUAUUUACAACUACUAUCAAUAUGAUGGUGACACCAAUACGAAACGAUUGGUGGCAUAUGAUGAUCCGUCAGAUGCAGAUUACGGAAAGGGACAUGUCAUUUCAAAUGGAUCGCUUUCAAAAAUUCUCUUUCCUUCCCUAAGGCUUGGCUGGCUGGAAACAUCGCCGUGGAUUAUUAAACAACUGGAAACAGCACCAGAUUACUUCAGUGGAGGUAGUUACAACUACUUUAACCAAGGUUUAGCAGCUGCUAUCUUAAACCACCCAAGAUUUCCAGACUUUUUUGAAGAGGCUAAGAACCAUUACAGUAGAUUUAUGAAGCUCUCCUGUGAAUAUCUUGAAAAACAUUUACCAAAAGAAGUUACAUUGAACAAACCGAAGGGAGGAUUUGUGUUGUGGCUUGAACUUCCUGAAAAUUACAGUAGCCAUGUACUGGUAAAAAGAUUAGAAAAGUAUGGUAUGUCUGUGUGGCCGGGAGAUAAUUUCAGCCCUUCAAAGGCAUACACGAACUGUUUUCGAAUAUGCGUGACAAAUUAUCCUGAAAAAGAUUUACUGUUGGCGUUGGAGGUGUUGUGUAAAGAGAUUACCAGCAUGCUGCAUGACUGAGAAAAAAGUUCUUUAUGUUGUUAAAGAAUAUGUUGUGGUGUGUUUAUUAUACUGAAACAGACUUUUAUAAAAUAUAUAAGGAAAUAUUUUUUGGAUUACAGGUAUUUUUUUUUGCAGUUCUUGAAAGUACAGCCCUGAUUUUCUAGAGGUUAAUAUUUAUUACGUGAUAUCAAGUAACGAGAAUUUUAACCCAAGUGAUUCUGGAAUUCUGCUGACAAUCCAAAGCUUUCAAUGUACCAAAUUAGUUGUGUUUUUGACUCGCUUUUUAAUUAUUUUUUGAUUCGAUUUAUGUUUUUGUAAAUAUAGAUAUAUAUCACAACAAAAUCUUUUGAAAUAUUUUAUAUAUAAAAUUAAAAAAAAUUGUCUACAUAUUUCUAAAAACUAUACAAAAA